CCACGAAAACAAACACGUAUCCACAAAAAAUUAUUAUUAUUUUGACAAAUAUUUAUAUGUAUAUUAAAAGGUGCACUCACUGCUUUUAAAUUCCAGUUCUACCUUUACAAAUUUUGACAAAUUUUUGCAUUCUCUAAUACAUGAUACUCAUCUAGAAUACAAGUAUAUAGAUACUCAUCUCUACGGUUUUAAUAGUAUUUGGUCCCUAUAAAUUAAUUAUUAGUCAACUACAUCCACGGCGGUCCCAUUUGAUUUACUCAUUAAAGCAAAGUCUUAAUUUUUCUAGCUUCCCUAUAUUCCUCUUUUUAAUUUCCUCCUCUAAGUUAGCCAUAAAUUGAAGCAGAUUAUUUUGUUAUCUUGAAAAUUGGGACCUUCUUCUGUGCCUUGUAUAUUUCUCCUGCUAGUAAUUGGUGCAAGAAAGAAAGUGAUGGAGGGAAAGGUUGAGGCAGUAGCAAAAGAGUUAAACAAUAAUGGACUUUAUUGUGAAACAAAAUUGGAGGGGGAAGGAGAAUCAGUAACACAGGAUAUCCAAGUACAAUGCGAUGACAAAAUCAGUGAAGAAGAGAAGAACAAGAUUUGCCUUAUGAGAGCUCUUGUCGAAAAGCAAGAUCCUUCUUCCAAGGAAGUAGAUGAUUUUGAGAUAAGAAGGUUUCUUCGAGCUAGGGAUCUGGACGUAGACAAAGCUUCGGCAAUGUUGUUGAAAUGCCUUAAAUGGAAGAAAAGCAUUGCACCAAAUGGCUUCAUUUCACCGAGUGAGAUUCCAAACCAGAUAGCACACAACAAAAUGUUCAUGCAAGGAGUCGACAAACAAGGACGCCCUAUUGCUGUCGUUUUAGGUGGCAGACAUUUUCAGAAUAAACUAGGAGGUCUUGACGAGUUCAAACGAUUUGUUGUCUUGGCUUUGGACAAACUAUGUUCAAGGACCUCACCAGGUAGGGAAAAGUUUGUGGUAAUUGGAGAUCUCGAAGGUUUUGGCUAUUCCAACAGCGAUGCUCGUGCAUACAUUGGGGCUCUGUCCAUUUUACAGGACUGCUACCCUGAAAGACUUGAAAAACUAAUUGUAGUUCAUGUUCCUUACCUAUUCUGGACAAUGUGGAAAAUUGUGUAUCCUUUUAUUGAUAACAAGACCAAAAAGAAGAUCACAUUUGUGGAAAACAAACGACUUGUGACAACCCUACUUCAAGACAUUGAUGAAAGUCAGCUACCUGAGAUUUACGGAGGCAAAAUGCCAUUAGUUCCUAUUCAUGAGGCCUAAGCAUGUAAUUAUUUAGAGCUCCUUUUCAAGGAGUUUCAACCUGAUCGAGCUGGUAAUGCUCUCAAAAGUAUGACAAAGUUUGUACCGAUAUUAUACAUUUGUAUACGUUAUGCAUUAAUAAACAUUUAUAUUUUACCUAA